GACAGAUCGCCCUUGUCUUCGUCCCUCGUCCUUGCCUACAGGACAGACUUUGACUCCCGGAUCGCUGCCUCUAGCAUCCGAAGACUUUCCUUAGUCUCACUUAGACUCUUUAACUCAUCUUACAGCUGCUUUCUCGCCUGCUGGCAGGUCAUUUUUGACGACCGACCCACAGGAGACAGACCUUUACUCGACACCCAAAUCAGUCACUCCAAAUCAUCCCAACUCAUCUCAUAUUCCAAAAUUCAAUGAGCAAAUCCGCAACUGCAACAGUACCAAAGAUCCCUGCCCAGCUACCAUCUCAGUCAGCUUGGUCAAGAGGCCCACCGCAGACCGCGUCUUCGUCCCGAUCUCAAUCUCCAGCUCCUCAGAAUACACCCGUUCAUGCAACGCAUUCAAGACGUCCUAGUACUCUUGGUCAGGGCAUACACAUAAAAGAUGGAGUGAGCAUUCCUCGGAAUAACGUAGGAGCUGCAAAGCAAGGACCCGCAGUGUCCUUCGGAUCUAUAGAUGAUGUUUCGGCGCCAAUGUCGUCGUCACCCGCUGCCACACCCCCGAUAAAAUCAGAGGGUGUCAAAACGUUUGGAACUGUUCCUGCGACGGUCAGCCAGGUAAACGGCAAAUCGUCUGUAUCCAUUGCGAAGCCAGGAUCUUCGUCAAAUACCUCUAAUCUACCACACAAGCCACGUAAACAGGACAUUACUAAGUUGUUCCAGAAUCCAUCGUCGGCGCCCCCGUCCCAAGCCUCCUCAGAUACCUCAUCUCCUAAUAUCAGACCUUCAAAUCUCCCGCCUUCAUCACAACCGCCCUCGAUACCUUCAUCGUCUCAUCCGCCGUAUCCUUCCUUCGUUCCCCAAAAUGGCAUGCGACCUCAGCAACCCAAUGCAGGUCCUAAUAGUAGUGCUACUGGUUCUGGUCCAAGGUCCCCCCCGUAUCAACGGCAGGUCCCUAAUGGCAAUGCCCCCCGUAUACCGAGCGGGCCAACCGGGCCAGGGGCUCCUCAGAUGUCUGGGGGCCUUAGUAGUCCUCGUAUGACACCCCAUCCUCCUCCUGCAAAUCUUCCUCCGCCAAUGCAAGCCCCAAUGACAUGGGCUCCUAAUUACUAUUAUAUGGGUGACCAGUCAUACAUGUAUAACUGGUAUAUUCCCCAGCAACAUCAGAUGCCGCCUCAACAACCCCAGCAUCACCCGCCCCCUCCCAGUGGGCAUGUCCCUCCCCAUAAUGGGAUCCCUGUUUCUCCUCGUAAUCAUCCUCCGCCUCUUCAAGGACCUGGAACCCCGACUCCCGCACAUGCAGUACCGGCCACACAUUCUCCUCAUCUCCCCCCCACAAUGUCACAUUCUUCGUCUGGGAGUAUCGGUGGUUUAUCGUCGCCGCCUCCUACUCCCUCCUCCGCCUCGAUGCCCGGUACUGGUCGAUUAAACACCAACGCUAACACGUUUGUGCCCAGUCAACGGCCAAGUGCUCGGGUUUCGCUUAAAAAUGCAGACGGGAUGGAAAUUAACUUGGAAAAGCUUAAGAAUCAGAAACUCAGUCCUGCUCUGCCUGGCACUGCGCUUCCGCCGGUCGUAUCGUCGGCGCACGGUAGUCCUAAUCGGCGGUCUGUUAUACGUAUGGAGUCCGAAGAGGAGCGGUCGAAACGCUUAGCGAGUGAGCAGCAAGCCAAAGCCAAGGCAGAGGCAGAUUCCAAGGCAAAGAAGGAGAACGAGGAGAACGAGCGUAGGGAGAAGGAGGAGAAGGAGGAGAAGGAGAAGAAAGAGAAGGAAGAGCAAGAGCGCAAGGAAAAAGAUGAGAAGGAGAGAUUGGAGAAGGAAGCGAAGGAAGCGAAGGAGAAAAUGGAGCGAGAGGCGAAAGCGGCCAAAGAGAAACAGGAACGAGAAGCGGCUGAGAAGAAGAGGCUGGAAGAAGAGGCUAUUGAGAAGGAGCGCUUGAAGAAGGAGGAAGAGGAGAGGGAAAAGGAGAAAGAGCGUCUCCGGCUAGAGGAGGAACAGCGAAAGAAGGAGGAGGAAGAGGCUGAGAGGAAGCGGUUGCAGCAAGAACAGGACGAGAAAGAGAAGGAACGGUUACGCCUGGAAGAGGAAGAGAAGGAACGCGCCCGUAUCGCAGAGGAAGAAGCCACCAAGGCUAAAGCUAAAGCUGAAGCUGAGGCCGCUGCUGCCAAGCCUGAGGAAGGUGAGGUCAUAGAAGAACUUUCCAGCGCUGAUACCGCAGCAACAAGCAAGGACAAGGCCAAGGAGAGGGAUCUCCGAAUCAAUACCACGUCUCCCCCGUCUGAGCUUCCCCGACGUCGCCCUGGCCCCCUCGAUCUCUCUACCACCAAGGCCAACAUUCCCGCACCGCUUCCUUCUGCUCUUGCUACCGCUCGUAACAUCGAUGACUUAGGCCGCGUCCCUUACCCCGAGGGAAUCAAGAGUCCUAGAGUUGAGCUCAACAUAAAUGCUAAGGAUGGGAAAUUCAGAUACGACCGAGACUUCCUUCUGCAAUUCAUGUCGAUAUGUAAGGAGAAGCCAGACUCACUUCCUGCCCUCGAUGCUAUCGGUCUUGAGCCGUCAGACCAGAGUUCCUAUCCCAUGAGUCGCGGUGGAUCCGGGCGACAUCGCCAGGGCUCUGGUGCUGUUCCACCUCAGCGCCAGAACUCCACUGGGCUUGGAUUCAACCCAGCAUCCUCCUUUGGUAAAGGAGGAUCCAGCAGCACGUUCAGCAUGGGCGGCAUGGGCAACUUUGCAACCAUCGGCGGGUCCAAGCUUAACAGCGACGACCGAUUCAAUAUAUCCAACAACAUGCGUGCUACAUCUGUUAGUGGUGCGACGUCUAUGCCAUUUGGCGGCCGGCCUUCUCAAAUGCAAAGAACGGCAAGCCAAGGUGGCCCGGGUGGUGCCCCCAUGGGCAGCAACCGAACUCGGAGCAAGCGUGGCGAGAAGCGCAACGACAGCAAUAGAGUUCAGACUGGUCCUGGAACUCAGCACGGGCACGGCAUGGGUGGUCAUGGACCUGCAGCAGCUCUGGCUCAAGCGAUGCUCGAGCCUGUUGCGCCAUUGCAGCAAACUGCCAAUCGCUGGGACAGGCGUGUGCUUAGUUCAAACGGUCCGGACUCUCCCGAUCUCGUUGACCGUAAGGUCAAGGGUCUUCUCAACAAACUUACAAUGGAGAAAUUCGACUCCAUCUCCGAUCAGAUCAUCGCAUGGGCGAACAAAUCCGAAAAGGAGAAAGACGGCCGAACUCUCAUCCAGGUCAUCAGGCUUGUCUUUGAGAAAGCCACUGAUGAGGCUACAUGGUCCGAGAUGUAUGCUCGUCUCUGUCGGAAAAUGAUGGAGCAAAUCAGUGCAAAGGUCCAGGAUGAUAGCAUCAAGAAUCCUGAGGGCAAACCCAUCGCUGGCGGGCAACUGUUCCGGAAAUACCUUCUCAACAGGUGUCAGGAAGAUUUCGAGCGAGGCUGGGUGGCGAAGGAAGCUGCGGCUGCAGCUGCAGCUUCCAAGGCCAUCGAGGAUGAAGCUGUCAAAGCUGCUGCCCAGAAGAAAGGGGAUGGCGAGGAGGAGGUCGCGCUGUAUUCUGAAGAGUAUUACGCUGCACAGAAAGCGAAACGUCAAGGUCUCGGUUUGAUUAAAUUCAUUGGUGAAUUGUUCAAACUGCAGAUGUUGACGGAGCGUAUCAUGCACGAGUGUGUCAAGAAGUUGCUUGGAAAUGUCGAAAAUCCCGAGGAAGAGGAGAUCGAAUCCCUCUGCAAACUUUUGACUACUGUCGGGCAAUUGUUGGAUACAACAAAGGCCCGCGCUCAUAUGGAUGUGUACUUCUCGCGCAUGAAGGAACUUACGAAGAGCACUAAUGUUAGCUCGCGUAUGCAGUUCAUGUUGCAGGAUGUCCUCGAGCUGCGUGAGCGGAAAUGGAUCAGCCGCAAUGCUGUUGCUGCGCCUACCACGAUCGCUCAGAUCCACGAAGCAGCUGCGAAGGAGAAAGCCGCCCAAGAGAAGGAAUCAUAUCAACGUCAAAUGUCAAUCUCUCGCGGCGGAUCCCGACGGGGUGGAGAACGAGGCGAAUUUCCACAAGUUGGCGCCGAUGGCUGGGCAGUCGCUGGAGGUAACUCUGCCCCACGACCUCCUUCCAAGGCCGGCGAUCUGUCCAAGUUUGGUCAGAUUAGUAACAAAGGCGCACCUCUUACUUUUGGUCCUCAAAGCAGCAUAUACGCCGGAAAGAAGGACAAGCGAGAGUCUGUCCAACGGACGAAUUCUUCUUCACAGAACAUGUUUUCUAUGCUUGAUUCUGCGGAAAGUGCCAUACCCAAAGAAACGUUCCAGCGUAAGCGCCUUAUUCUUGCGCCUCGGUCGAAGCCAGUUGAGGGUCAAGAACACGCGCUGACGACCGCAGAGUCCGAGGCUAGCUCAGACGAAGAAGUAAUCGCUGAACCUGAACCUGUUGAGAUAAACAACCAAGACGCCAAGAAGAAGAUAGAGGAGGAUAUCAAGGAGUUUGGCGCCGUUCGGAAUCUCGAUGAAGCAGAAGUUUAUUUCACGCAACUUCCUGCUAAACGCCACCCUCUCUUGGUUGACAAACUGAUUUCAUUUGCUGUGGAGUCGAAGGAGACAGAUGCGCAGCUAGUGGCGCAGCUAUUCUCACGUGCCUCGGCCAAGAAUCUCUGUACAAUUGCUGAUUUUGAAAGCGGAUUCGCCGCAGUGCUCGAGUUCCUGGAGGACAUUGCUAUUGAUGCACCGAUGGCCUUCAACCUGAUGGCAAUAAUGAUGAAGGGCCCCGCCUUUGAUGAUGAGCAACGGACACGCUUAGCCUCGAAGACGGACAGUGCCAAACUUCUUGGGCUUUUAUCUUAGACUGUGAUUUCGUCUUGCAUCGUACUGUAUCCGUUAUCCCAUGUUUUCUCUUUCUGCAUUGUUCUCAUACUUUGGCAUAUUGUUUAUUCUACGAUGCUUUCAGUGCAUCUUUCGGUACCUACUUAUUUCUGUUUUGCCUGCACAUGUACGUAGCAACGGUAGCAUACUACCGAGCAGAAGAGUUUCAUUUUUUCUGCAUC